UUCCUUUGACUCCUCCAUUGCAUUCGCAUGCAAUUUUCACAUACACAAUAUGAGGUUGCUGCAGGUAAUUCUUUGUCUUCUUGUUGUGGCUUUGAGGGUGUUUUUACUGCGCGGGGUGCAGUGCCAGCAACAAAUGAGUAGUGACCUCGACAACCCUGCAGUUUUAUCACUUGUUACUCAGCUCGUGUAUACUCAAAUCUCCAACUUGACAUCUCUUCUCACUCAGGAUAUUAACGCCCGCUCCACUUUCUGCGUUAAAGAUCCGGAUGGCGAUUGGGAUAAAGCGUUUAAUUUUUCAUCCGAUUUGGGCUUCGUGUCUUCCUGCAUUCGCGAGACUGAAGGAGAUAUUACACAGCGCUUGUGUACAGCAGCAGAAAUAAAGUUCUACUUAAAUAGUUUAUUUGAGGGAUCUACUUAUUUAAAGCCGAAUGGGAACUGCAACUUAACCUCAUGGGUCUCUGGUUGUGAGCCAGGAUGGGCCUGCAGUGUUCCAUCAAGCCAGCAGGUUGACCUUAGAAAUUCACACGAGAUGCCUUCCAGAACUACAAACUGUCAAGCAUGUUGUGAGGGUUUCUUCUGUCCUCAUGGCAUCACAUGCAUGAUACCUUGCCCUCUAGGUUCCUAUUGUCCUGUUGCUACACUCAAUAACUCUACUGGUGUAUGUGAACCAUAUCAUUAUCAACUGCCUCCAAUGCAGCCAAACCAUACCUGUGGAGGAGCAAAUAUUUGGGCUGAUGUCAGUCGCAGUAGUGAGAUAUUUUGUUCAGCAGGAUCGUAUUGCUCUACAACUACCAAAGAAACUUCUUGCAGUAGUGGGCAUUACUGCAGGAUGGGUUCUACAGCUGAGAAAAGAUGCUUCAAGACGAGUUCAUGUAAUUCAAACACUGUGACCCAAAAUAUGCAUGUAUAUGGAGUUAUGCUCAUUGUUGCUCUGAGUACAUUGCUGCUCAUUAUUUACGGCUGUUCUGACCAGGUUCUCUCUACUAGGGAAAGGAGAAUGGCAAAGUCCAGAGAAGCAGCGGCAAGAAGUGUAAGGAAGACUACAAGUGCCCGCCGAAGAUGGAAAGCUGCAAAAGAUGUUGCUAAGAAGGGUGCAAGUGGACUACAAGCUCAAAUAUCACAAAAACUCUCUUGUAUAAAGGAUGUGGACAACCCAGAAUAUGCAUAUGAUGCUACAGAAACAGAUAUCGAAUUGUUUCCUUGUUCACAUCAAAGUGCUUCAAUCAAGAGUGCUAGUUCUUCUGCAGUUCCAAAGGAAAAAGGAAAAGAUCCCAAUAACCUGAUGCAGAUGAUGCAUGAAAUUGAAAAUGAUCCAGAUAUUAGUAAAAACUUUUUUGUUCAAAUAGAAGUUAGAGAUAAAAAUUCUAUAGCAAAAGUUUCCAAUGAAAAACAGCUGCAUACACAUAGCCAAAUUUUUAAGUAUGCAUAUACUCAACUUGAGAAAGAGAAAGCUCAGCAACAAGAUAACAAGAACCUUACCUUCUCAGGAGUGAUUAGUAUGGCUACCAAGACCGAACAGAGGACAAGGCCUUUAAUUGAAAUUUCUUUCAAAGAUCUAACUCUCUCUUUGAAAGCACAAAACAAACAUAUAUUGAGAUGUGUUACUGGGAAAAUUAAACCUGGCCACAUCACUGCUGUCAUGGGUCCAUCAGGUGCUGGCAAGACAACAUUUCUUUCAGCAAUAGCGGGAAAGGCACUUGGAUGCAAGGUAACUGGUUCCAUAUUCAUUAAUGGGAAGAAUGAAUCAAUCCAAUCCUACAAGAAAAUUAUGGGCUUUGUGCCACAAGAUGAUAUAGUUCAUGGAAACCUGACAGUGGAAGAGAAUUUCCGUUUCAGUGCACAGUGCAGGUUAUCUGCGGACUUGUCAAAACCAAACAAAGUUCUCGUUGUUGAAAGAGUCAUUGAAUUCUUGGGGCUUCAGUCGGUGCGAAAUUCUUUGGUUGGAACUGUAGAAAAGAGAGGGAUCUCUGGCGGCCAAAGGAAGCGUGUAAAUGUUGGAUUGGAAAUGGUCAUGGAACCUUCUCUUUUGAUCUUGGAUGAACCCACAUCUGGUUUGGACAGUGCAUCAUCUCUGCUCCUUCUUAGAGCACUAAGACGUGAAGCUCUUGAAGGAGUGAACAUUUGCAUGGUGGUUCACCAACCCAGCUAUGGCUUGUUUAAAAUGUUUGAUGAUUUGAUACUCCUGGCAAAAGGCGGUCUUACUGUAUAUCAUGGAUCAGUUAAGAAAGCUGAAGAAUACUUUGCAGGCCUUGGAAUAAUUAUACCUGAGCGCAUUAAUCCUCCAGAUUACUUCAUUGACAUUCUAGAGGGCAUAGCUGUACCUAGUGGAAAUUCAGGAGUCAGUUGUAAAGAGCUUCCAGUUAGAUGGAUGAUUCAUAAUGGCUACCCUGUACCUCUUGAUAUGCGGCAGAAUGCAGCACAAUUUGAUAUGUACUUAACAGAAAUCCCGGUUAAAGAAACAGAUCCUGAUAGCUCUAGCCAUGCUGAAAGAAGCUUUGCUGGAGAAUUAUGUCAAGAUGUGAGAAAUGUUGUAGAACUCAAGAGGGAAGAAAUAAGACUCAAUUUUUUAAAAUCGAACGAUUUAUCUAACCGGAAGACUCCUGGUAUGUUCAAGCAAUACAAGUACUUCCUUAUAAGGGUCCGGAAGCAGCGAUUACGGGAAGCUAAGAUCCAAGCCGUAGAUUAUUUAAUAUUAUUACUUGCUGGAGCAUGCUUAGGAUCGCUUACUAAAGCAAGUGAUCUGACCUUUGGUGCUGCUGGAUACACCUAUACAGUGAUUGGUGUAUCUCUUUUAUGCAAAAUAGCGGCAUUAAGAACAUUUUCUCUGGAUAAAUUACACUACUGGAGGGAGAGUGAUUCUGGCAUGAGCAGCUUGGCUUAUUUUCUCUCUAAAGACACAAUUGAUCAUUUUAAUACAGUGAUCAAGCCUGUGGUGUACCUCUCUAUGUUCUAUUUCUUUACCAAUCCAAGAUCAACUUUUGCAGAUAAUUAUAUUGUGCUUCUUUGUCUUGUAUACUGUGUGACUGGCAUAGCAUAUGCAUUGGCCAUAUUAUUUCAACCUGGCACAGCCCAGCUGUGGUCAGUACUUCUUCCAGUUGUCUUAACACUCGUUGCAACACAAACAAAUGGUAGUAAAUUUUUUAAGGAUAUAGCUAAUUUGUGCUACUCCAAGUGGGCUUUAGAAGCAUUCAUAAUUGCAAAUGCUGAGAGGUAUGAUGGAGUGUGGCUCAUAACUCGUUGUGGUUCACUACUAAAAAGUGGCUAUAAUCUUCAUGAUUGGAAUUUGUGCAUAUCCAUUCUCAUGCUAAUGGGUGUGAUUGCUCGGGCACUAGCAUUUUCCUGUAUGCUUGCCUUUCAAAAGAAGUAAGGGUAAUCUUCAAUCUGUAACACCCAAAUUCAUGGGGUGCACAAAUGGGACGGAAAGCAUAGUGUCACUCAAAUCAGUCACAAUUACUCAUUAUACAAUAAAUUUUUUAUUGACAUGAUAUCAUGCAAGAUGUAAUAUAUGUAGGUGAGACCUUCAAAUUCUUGAUCAGAUGAUUCUUUGGUAUGAUAUAAUUUUCCAUCUAUGUGUAGUGCGUCAUUUUUUCUUUGUAAAUGUGGUAGGAAUAUUUAUCUUUCAAUUUAUAAUAUAUUAAAG